UCGUUCGUGUUCGAAGUUUCACAAAAAGGAAGAAAAAAGUCGAAGCCGGACUCGGUGGAAAGAGAAAAUCUGCACCUAAAACGUUCAAAUUCGGUUGUAAAAUAGUUCCCAUUCGGUUCAAUUUUAGUCGAUAAGUGUACGCGCAAUCCGGAUCAUUCCGGAAAACCAGUAUUCAACGCCGGGGAACGGAGCGAAAACGGUGAAAAACUGCAGGGAUCUGUGAGUUUCCAUUUUCGGAAAGGGAGGAGCAUUGUCUGCUGACCGCAGGAAUCGAAUCGGGAGUCGAAAUCGGACGGGGGAUGUCGCAUACAAUUUUGCUGGUGCAGCCGGGUCGCAAUCCGGAGACCCGAACCUACAGUGACUACGAAAGCGUCAACGAGUGUAUGGAGGGCGUGUGCAAAAUCUACGAGGAACACCUGAAGCGGCGCAAUCCGAACACGCCGACCAUCACGUACGACAUCAGCCAGUUGUUCGACUUUGUGGAUCAGCUAGCGGAUCUGAGCUGUCUCGUGUAUCAAAAGUCCACCAACACGUACGCCCCGUACAACAAGGAGUGGAUCAAGGAAAAGAUAUACGUCCUGCUGCGGCAAGCCGCGGGGACCACCGACUAGAGACCGAGGGAGGACGAAAGACCCUCUCCAAACCACACCCACACACUCUACGUGUCCCGGGGAAACCGGUGAACCCGGCGAACAAAAUCGUUUCAAAUAUUCUACUAGUGUACUUCCCCCCUACAUAUUAUUCAUUUCGCUCGUGGAAAAGUCUUAUUUCUACACAGUCAUAAGUCCAUGAAAAAUAAAACGCUAUUUUACCAUUAAAAUGGAACCCUUUCCCUAUCUGUAAAACUAUCUAUACCAAUCAAUGCGACAAACAUUGAACUUGAAGAUCUUAACUGAAACUGAAGGACAUUUUUAGUUUGGACCUAGGACAGAGACCGAAACUCUCACGAAGAAGACGCGAACCUGCUGCUGCCCGUCUCCCAGCCUCGGAGGAGACAGACAUACCAAGACGAAAGGAAGAUGACGAAUAAGAAGAAGUGGAAGAAUGGAAUUCUUUGUAUUUAAUUUACUGCAUUAUUUUAAAAUAUUUUUUUUUUUUGCUAACAUGAAAAAGCAAAACAAGAAAGAAGAAGAAGUGUUCAAGUGAGCAUAAUUAUAAAUGGUAAUUAAAAGAAGUAAUAAAAAGCUAAGGUCGAAAGAAUGGUGAUGAAAACUA